CGACGCCAUUGAUGAUUGAGGUUCCGUGUCGCUUGUCGCUCACCGGAAAUACGGCUCCUUUAAGUUUUCUGAUUGAACUUUAUAAGACAUUUUGGACAAAUAGGAUAAUACAUUUUAGUCUCUCACAGGCUUAAGAGUGAAGUUUUAGAUUUAAACACUUUAUGAGCGUGUUGCUAAUGCACAGAAGAAGACAGGAAGAAGUUGGAUUACUAUAGCUAUAGGUUUUACAACGUUUUGCGAGAGCAAUGGCAGUGUCGGUGCCAACGGGUCUUGUAACUCAUGCCAGGAAAGUAUGCAGUCUGUAUAAAAGAGCCCUGCGUAAUCUCGAGAGCCACUGUGAUACAAGGCCUGAGUUCAGGUACCUUGCUGUUUUAAUGAGAGAUCGGUUUGACAAGAAGGUCAAUAUAAAGGAUUUACGCUUGGCAAAACAUUAUCUUGAAAAAGGCGAAGAGGAACUUUUUGAAUUUGCUCACUAUCAACCUAAAGUGUUUGCCAAUUCACCAGGAGGUGUUGCUUAUGAACGUGAGGUUAUUCCACCUGAUUGGAUCUUAGAUCAUUGGCAUCCUAUAGAAAAGGCUAUGUAUCCUAAAUACUUUGCAUUGCGUGAAAAACGUAAAAAGGAAUAUAUUGAGUGGUACAACAAACAGUAUCCUGAUGCACCCAAACAUUUUGAUCACUAGAAGAAAUUGAUUGAUUUUAGAGUAAAAUUUAGUAUUGUAUCUUGCAUCGUGAAUGGCAUAACAUCACUAUCUCUCUCAGUUGCAAGUGAUAUGGGAUAUGUAUAUAAAAUACUUGUAAACACAUAUCCUGAGGUAAUUGGUCUAGCUUAGACAAUUUGUUUACCUUUGGAUUAGAGAACUCGAAUAAAAAUAAUUAUUACAAACGA